UCUCUCUCUCUCUCUCUCUCCACUGGUACACUGCUUGGCUUGCAUUUUUUUAAUAAUGUUAUAAAACUUUUAUAUUUCACAGGACAAUAAUGAUGUUAUAUCUUUCUAUUUCAGGAAACAGAUGUUAUAAUUUUUAUAUUACAGGAAUCAAAUGGUGUUACAACUUUAAUAUAUUACAGGAAGCUAAACUAAUGAUGUUACAACUUUUAUAUUACAGGAAACUAAUGAUGUUAUAACAGGGCCUAUUUUAAGGUUUUAUUGACGAAGCACGGUUUCCGGAGAUGGAAGUUUUUUGAUUGGGUUUCCCCACUUUGGUUUCCGACAAAAUUUCCAAAACGUGACUCACGAUUUUCCACACAGACUUUGUAGCUCAAUUUAGCUUCUUCCAUCACCGUUAUUAGCUCUAAUUUGUUGGAAUAAACCUUCUGAAAUCGUGACCAAUUAGUUGUGACCAAAACAAAGGCUCACCAGAAGUGAAAUAAAUAACUUCCUGAAUUAUCACCAGGCUUACACUUUUAAAACAAAACAAGCGGUUGGCAUACUCGAUACGCCGAGAUUCUGUAAGAUAUGGAUAGGGAACAGGGAAAAUCGAUAGGGCUCAACCUCUCAUUGUCCCAAUGCUACACAUCGAAUAUGAAACUUUAGCCUAUAUCGCAUUCACAAGGUUUUUGGCAAAGUUUGGUAACUCGAUGGGGUCGCUUCCACAAGGUUUUCCAGGGGGAUUAACUCCGGAACAGAAGGUCGCGGAAUGCUGAUUAUCGGUAUGAUUCUUGCUCCCGUGUUCUCAAUUCAUCACAAUAUAAAUCUCACAAACUUUGUUACACUCUGUGUAUGUAAGGACAUAAUCCAAGCAGAUGCACCAAAAUCGAAUUCAACCAAGAUCUUUUGAUCCCCAAGAUCUAAAACGGUCAAAUAUUGAGGCCUAAAUUAAAAUUUUCAUACUAUUGACAUUUGUAUUUAUAGCUGCGUAUCGGUAUUAUUGGCAGUCCAAAGAAACGCCCAAAAGCAGACGAACCUUUACUGUAACAUGCAGCUGACUACUUCCGUCAACAACAGCUUUAUUUUACAUACAAUCCACGAAAUUGAAUUGAAACCAAACGCAGUGAUUGAUGAUCACAAUGAUUGUUAAUGACACACUUGCUAAAUUUCCUCAUGCAAUCUUUUCAGAUUCACAAGGAUACAUAACAUACCAUGAUACCAUCUUUUCAAAGCAUGGAUUUUAGAUUCUCCAAGCACAGAUUUUUCAUUUCGAGGCACGUCCGUGUCUGUAGGCACGUUAAAAUAGGCCCUGUGUUAUAACUUUUAUAUAUCACAGGAAGCUAAACUAAUGAUGUUUUAAAUAUAUUACAGGAAUCAAAUGAUAUUAUAACUUUUAUACAUUACAGGAAGCUAAACUAAGGAGGUUAUAACUUUUAUAUUACAGGAAUCAAAUGAUGUUAAAACUUUUCAUCAAUGUGUUGUAUGUGAUGAGAUUUUUCAACAAUACAGUGACCUAGAAGUCCAUAAUAAAAUACAUGUUAAAGAAGAGAAAACCGAUGAUAGUGACAACCAUAAUACAAUACCAGCACAUGUCUACGGUGGUAAAACUGAUGAUAUGGAUGAAAACUGUCCAAUACAUUUUGAAAAAUUGCAAACUGAAGGAGAAAAAUAUUGCGAAAUACUUGUGAAAGAAGAGAAAUUGGGUGGCGAAGUAACUUAUUAUGAAUGUAAAUUGUGCGGCGAAAUAUUUCACGAUCACAGGGGUUUAGAAGAACAUUGUAAAAUACAUGUUAAAGAAGAAUCUGAACCAAGUUCGUCACAUCAAUGUAAAAUUUGUAACAUUAGUUUUACACAGUACUGUGAUCUCGAGGCACAUCAUGGGUGUCACGUCAAAAAUGAUACAAAUCAAUCUAAUGACAUUCACGUAGGAAUACAGCAACAGAAAAAUAAAGGGUUUUUGUGCAACUUUUGUGCUCACUCAUGUAAAUCAAAAGGUCAUCUGAAUAUUCAUUUGCGAAUUCAUACAGGGGAAAAACCCUUUAAGUGUAAUCUUUGUAGUAAGGCUUUCAUUGAAAAGAGUAAACUGAAUAUUCACAUAAGGACUCAUACCGGGGAAAAGCCCUAUAAAUGUGGUGUUUGCAAUAAAUCAUUUAAUUACAAACAUAGUCUACAGAUACACAUAACAACCCAUACAGGGGAAAAACCCGCCCACUGUGACGUUUGUAAUAAAUCAUUUCCUUCUCUCGGUUAUCUUAGGAAGCACAAACGAAUACAUACUGGUGAAAAACCUUAUAAGUGUAAUGUAUGUGGAAUGACCUUUAAUGAUGGUAGUAACCUCCAGAAACACGCAAAAACUCAUUCGGGUGUGAAGCCCUUUAAAUGUGAUGUUUGUGGUAAAUCAUUUAUUCAGAAUAGUACGCUACGAAUACACAUACGAACCCACACGGGCGAGAAGCCUUAUAAAUGUUGUUUUUGUGAUAUGUCGUUUAAGGAUUCUAGUAAUCUAACCAAACAUACUAGGACACAUUCUCGUGACUCUAACCAGGAGGUCUCCUCGGGUUCGCUUCCGAUGUUAGCCAAGAAAGUUCCUCAGGAUCAACAAGAUGCUGUUCCUUGAUCACUGACAAGGACAAACCAAAGUGGAAAGUACCAAGGAACUUUCUCAAUGUUGUUCCUUGCCAGGCACUCUGUCCUUGAUCACUGACAAGGGCAAACCAAGCUGGAAAGUAAGGGGAAACUUUCUCGGCCAUACCAGGAUUGAACCUGGGACCUUCUGGUUUGUGAGCUAGCACCUUAUUCACUGAGCCAUCAUGACUUUUAUAUUACGAUGAUGUCACAUGCAAAGGAGACAUCUAUAUCUACAUGUACUUGUUGUAUAUCUACCCUGAGAAUAUAAAUCUAAUCGUUGUAUAUCGGAAUAUAAAUCUAAUUGUUGUAUAUCCACCCUGAGAAUAUAAAUCGAAUUGUUGUAUAUCUACCCUGAGAAUAUAAAUCGAAUUGUUGUAUAUCAGAAUAUAAAUCUAAUCAUUGUAUAUCCAUCCUGAGAAUAUAAAUCUAAUUGUUGUAUAUCAGAAUAUAAAUCUAAUUGUUGUAUAUCAGAAUAUAAAUCUAAUCGUUCUAAUCGGAAUAUAAAUCUAAUUGUUGUGUAUGAUCUCUGGAAUAUAAAUCAAAUUGUUGUGUAUGAUCUCUGGAAUAUAAAUCUAAUUGUUGUAUAUCUACAUGUACCUAGUUCGAGCAGAAGAGUAGGUCUUUAAACCUGUUUCAUUUGUAUAUCUACCCUGAGAAUAUAUAUCUAAUUGCUGUAUAUCUACCCUGGGAAUAUAAGUGUAAUCACUGUAUGUUUACCUUGGGAAUAUAAAUCUAAUCAUUGUAUAUGAUCUCUGGAAUAUAAAUCUAAUUAUUGUAAAUCUUCUAGGGAAUAUAAAUCGAAUUGUUGUGUAGCUUUCCUGGGGAAUAUUAAUCUAAUUGUUGUAUAUGAUCCCUGGGAAUAUAAAUCUAAUUGUUCUAAUAUAGGCUACGUGUAUUGAAUUCAGCUGUUUUUUUUAUAUCAUUUGUAUGUUUGUGGUUUGUGCUUUAUUGUGCAGGUUUCCUGAAUUGUGUUUACAUCAGGAAUACUCUCGAUUGACAAAGAGACACAGACAAUUCUUUUAAAUGUGAUUUAUUUAUUACAUUGUGUAGUCAGACAACUAGUACUGUCAAUUUUUUAGUCAGAUAUCUAGUCCUGUCAAAUGUCAUAAUGAAAUUGUUUAGUCAUUUAUCUAGUCCCGUCAACUGUGAUCGUAAUGAAAUUUUUUUUAGUCAGAUAUUUAGUUCUGUCAACUGUUAUUAUAAUGGAAU